CGGUCAAACAAUAUCAAAACUUCGAAGCCUUCGGUUGUGUAGCGGUGUUGUUAUGCUUCUAGGCGAAAGCUGAGCUGCCACAGAGAAUCAAGCAAAAUAUAUAUAUAAUAGUCUAUAUGUAAAUGUUGUGUGUAGAUAAGUAAAUGCUGGGCAGUGAAAAAAGUGAAGUGAAAAAUAAAAUGACCAUCUGAAUGGUAGAAAAGUAAAACUCAAAAAUAAAUUCAUGAAUAGUGAAAUUCUAAAAUUGGAAGUUGAUGAAUUUGCUCUUUCCGGGACAUGCAUUUGCAGUGUGCUUGAAAAAAGUGCGCCUGGUAGAAAAUGCAAAUGAUGGCUUGGUCUUGAAAGUGUAAACAGUAAAGUGAACUGCGUAAUGAAAAUUAUAACAAUGAUCUGAAGCUUCCCUUUCGUGUGAUUGCAAAGAAUUUCUGCAUUUAAUUGAAAAAAGUAAAUUAAGGUGUGGUGAUUUAUGCAACUUCUACGCCGAUUCUCUCAUUCCAAAGCAGCUAAAUCGCAGCGCAAAGAGGUUGCGAAAGUAGUGCCGAAAGAGAAUAGAAAUACUGUAUAAAUAAUCAAAACUAAACAGCGCUUAGUGAAAAGAAGGCAAGUGUUUUAUGCAUAAAUAGUGAUAAAGUUGAACAGAGUUUUACAAAGUGAAAUCUUCUGUUAAGAAAAUUUCAAUAUUUUGGUAAAGAUAUUGUCGCACCAAGAAAGAGAAAGUGCGCUCUCCAUUGAACUACACAAACGUUCAGUUUGAGACCUGAAGUUUCGUUGAGUUUUUGACAUUUUACUUGGCCAGUGUUUUGACAUUUGCUGACAAAUACUUUGGUUUAAAGUUGAAGGCGAAUUCACGGAUUUAAUCAGCGGCAUAGUUAUUGUACAGAAAGUGAGUGGGUGAAAAGUUUUAAGGCUAAUAAAAUUAUUUAAAAAAAUGGCAAUUUAAAGAGUGCGAAAGUUGGUUAAUAAAAUAGUGAUAAACGUGGUAAAGCAAGAAAAGUAUACGCUGCAAAAUAUGUGCGAGAAGUGAAUUAUAGCCAAAAAAAAAACAUAAAUUGUAACAGAACGCCCCCAAAAAAAAAAGGCUCGGCAAACUUUCGAAAACUUUUUAAAACUAUUUUCAUGGGAUCUCUAGCAGCGGACAACUGCAUUGUAGGAUUCUUCUAAUUUUCCACAUUUUCCGGAGCCUUGAACUCAUCCAAUAAAGCAUUGCCUGUGUGGAUUCGUGUGCUAAGGUUGAAGGGGAAAAUUUAAUUUUUACGCAGCAAAAUUCGCAUAUAAUAUGUAGCAAAAUAAUCGAAAGGCGUGCAAAAAGUGUAAAAAUAUAUAUUAUACAAAGCCAGUCGUUAAAGUUUUUCGCAUUCGUCGUUUAUUCGUGUAACAGCACAACAGCCUGUUUGAACUUACGUACAUACAUAUGUGUAGGUAUAUGUGUGUGUAUGUAUGUGUGUGUGUGCCCGUAUAUGAAUGUAGCUGUGCGUUUGACUUUUCUCGUUACUAAAGUCUUUUCGUGGCAAACGACCAAGGCAGUCGCUUAGAAAGUGGAAAUUGUGAAAAACCAGCUGUAAAAGAUUGCGAAAAGUGAAAAUAUUUCUACGAAUUUUUUGAGCUUGACUUCGAAAAUUACACAAAAUAUGCACGUAAAUUCACGCACGUAUUUACGAAAGCAUACGAUUUUAUCACCGAACACGCUUCAUUAAGGAGAGUCGAGAAGUUUAAGCAAAUUUAAAAGCUUAAAACCAGUACGACAAAGUAAGGAAAACAAAGCACAAAAAAUAAUAAUCGAAAUAAAGCAGCCAUAAACUAACUAUAAAACUAUUCUCCUUACAAACAACAAUAAAGUACAUACAUAUAUUAAAGCACAAAACGACAUUACAAAGCAUUGAAAACACCCAAAACUUCUGCAGUUGUCGCAGUCGAGAGGAAAAAUUAGCACAGCAGCAGCGGCACUAACAAAUCUUACAAUCAUAGGUACUUAACGAAACUGCGACUAGAAGCAACAAAAACAAAAACGAUAUAAUAAACACAGACUAGCAGCCAGCAGCCAACAGCCAGCAAGUCAAAGAGAGCGCAACAUUAAGCAGCUGAAACAAGAGAAUAAGUAUAAGAGAGAGCACCUGCAGCCUCCUUGGUUUUAAAAAAGUGAACGAAGAAGCCUCGCCGUGCAGCAUCCAAGUGGAGCAGUCGCAGUCAAAACGCCUGCAUGUUUGAUUGUAUGCGAAUGUCAAAAUAAACAAACUUUGACAGCUGAGUAGGACAAAGUGAAAACACAACCCAUCACAGUCAUCUGUAAUUAAAGAGUGACAUCUGAUUGAGCCAAUCGAAAAUUUAAGCUCGCUUUAAAACGCAAAAGAAAAGUGGACAACAACUGUAGUGUAGCGAAAGUGAAAAGUUACUUAUAGGCGUCGAACUGAAUCAAAAUAAAGCUUAAUUAAAUUGUGACCUAUUUCGCGAAGUCUCUUUACAUAUCAUUACUUAAACGCAGCAGGCGUUGCCAGCAAACUCGAGUUGAACAGAUGCAUCACUUGACAAUUGCGCUUGUAUGAGUAAUUUGAGUGUCUAAACUGAACGUCUAGCAGAACACUUUCACAUCGAUCUGGUGUAGCUCUGUUUUUUUGGAAAAUUUAAGAUUUGAAGAAGAGUUCUCUGUAAAAAAAAAAAUUCAAUAAACUGAGAACAUGGGCGCCAAAGAGAGUGUUGAAGCUGCCGCGAAAAUGAAUGCGGACGGUUGGGGUCACGUAGAGCGCGGUAGUCGUUAUCACGCUCAUCGUCACAACCAACGUUCGCAGUCCUUAAAUCGCGGUCAAGCGCUUUCUCAAGCAGAUGUAAGCGGAAUGUGGUGACAUCGGGGUGCCUCUGGUAAAGCUGCAGGAGGUCAGGGUGGUUGUGCGAGCUGCGCCAUGGGUAACAAGUUGAGCUGCUCCUGUGCGCCAUUGAUGCGCAAAGCGUAU